CUUUUACUGCGAACUUGCAAGUGAAGUCAGUCUUCUUCUUCAGUGGAAAAGCUCAAAAGUUGAAGCUUUGAUGAUGAAGGCCGUAGUGAUAACAGUUCCAGGUGGACCAGAGGUCCUCAAGCUACAAGACGUUGCAGAUCCAGAACUCAAAGAAGAUGAAGUCCUGAUAAAAGUCGCGGCCACGGCGCUGAACCGAGCCGACACGUUGCAGAGGAAAGGGGCGUACCCGCCGCCCCCGGGUUCCAGCCCCUACCUGGGUCUCGAAUGUUCUGGAACUAUCGAGGCGGUUGGGAAACACGUCUCACGCUGGCAAGCCGGUGAUCGGGUGUGUGCUCUUCUUACUGGAGGAGGGUAUGCUGAGAAGGUGGCCGUUCCAGCUGGACAAGUUUUUCCCGUCCCGCCGGGUAUUUCUUUGAAGGAUGCUGCUAGCUUUCCUGAGGUGGCAUGCACUGUUUGGUCGACUGUUUUUAUGAUGAGUCGGCUAUCUGCCGGUGAAACAUUUUUGGUUCAUGGGGGCUCCAGUGGAAUUGGUACAUUUGCAAUUCAGAUAGCCAAAUACCAGGGGGUAAGGGUGUUUGUCACAGCAGGAAGUGAGGAAAAGUUAGCUGUUUGCAAGGAGCUUGGAGCUGAUGUGUGCAUCAAUUACAAGACCGAGGACUUUGUUGCACGGGUAAAGGAAGAAACAGGUGGCAAAGGUGUUGAUGUUAUCUUGGAUAGCAUUGGGGCAAGCUACUUUCGGCGGAACCUUGACAGCUUAAAUUUUGAUGGGAGGCUUUUUGUCAUUGGGAUGUUGGGUGGUGCUGUUACAGAAAUAGAUCUCCGUGUUGUGCUUUCGAGGCGUCUCACCAUCCAAGCGGCAGGCUUGCGGUACAGAAGUCCAGAAAACAAAGCGGAAAUUGCUAGGGAGGUGGAGAACAAUGUGUGGCCUGCAAUUGUUGCCGGCAGGGUGAAAACCGUGAUCUACAAGUCUUUUCCGCUAUCUGAGGCAGCAGAAGCUCACCGGCUCAUGGAAAGCAGCCAGCAUAUUGGCAAGAUACUGCUUGUUGCGUGAUGAUAUAAGAAUGUUAACUGUAAUAAAAUGUAAUAAUCAAGUGAAUAAUUCAGACCUCAUGCGGUUGGUCAGGUCUAGGAUGAUGCUGAGUGUGCAUUUAUUUUGUGGUAUGGCGAUGAUGCUUAUGUCGUACUCUUGUAUUAUGAGAAUAAAUUACUAAACGAUCAUUCAGUUUUCAAUUUGCCACUUCGUGCCCUUCCUAGAAUUCAUGUAAAA